GGAGCAUCUGGAGUGCCUGGUGUCCAGACAUGAGCGGUCACUACGUAUGACCGUGGUGAAGCGGCAGGCCCAAUCCCCCUCAGGCGUGUCCAGUGAGGUGGAGGUCCUCAAAGCGCUCAAGUCCCUGUUCGAGCACCACAAAGCUCUAGACGAGAAGGUAAGACCAUACAUUAGUGAUGUAGCCUAUAUAAUGUGUAUGCACAGUAGCUAUUCUUUUUUGCUGACUGGAAGAAUGGAUUAUACACGCGGAUAGAGAUUCUUCAAUUGAUUGUACGGUAUAUUUGACUGAUGACAGUACACAUGGAGAGGUAUUGCUAACAUAGUGCCAUCCUGGUAUUGAAUAUCCUUUGUUUUGGCAUAAGUCACCACCAGAGCUCCAUUGUAAGGUCCUACCAGAGGUUGUGUACAGUAACUGACUCAUGGGGGGUUGUUGUGUGUUUCUUUUCUUCAGGUGAGGGAGAGACUGCGGGUGUCGCUAGAGAGGGUCUCGGCAUUGGAGGAGGAGCUAACAUCAGCCAACCAGGAGGUGAGAAACAUGUCACAGUAUCAUGUCCACAGGUGCUCUGACUGAGACGUCAGUUCUAUUCAUUUCAUCGGCCUUAGUCAGGAAUUUGUCCAUGUUUUAGUUGACUUUCAGAGUACUUUGAUGUUAACAGUUCUACUGAGGAGGACUCCUCUUCAGGGGGUAGUCAUUCUGUCUUAAGAUGGAGUUCGGUGUGUGAUGGGGUGAAGUAUGGCAUUGACAGAUGAGAGCUGGCCCGUGGCGUUAGCAGGGUGGCGUAACCCCUCUGCCCAGCCUCUCAGCAUCUCAGCCUCUCUCUGCCAGUCUCUGCCAGGGCAGAUGGUCAUGUUCCAGCUGAGAGGAGCCCUCAGGCUGGCGCUCUACAGGAGCCAAAUUAACCACUCUGCACUGCCAGAGAAGAGGGAGAAGAGGGAGAGAGAGAGAGAGAGAGGUGAGAGAAUGGUGGAAGACAUGAGCAGUGAGGGAGUGAGAGGUAGGGUGAGAGAUGGCGGGGGGGGAGAGAGAGAGAGAGAGAAGUGUGAGAGAGAUAGGUACAGUGGUUCCUCAAUUAAAAGUUUUGAGUUUAUGCCGCAACCGCUUGUGGUAGAUGGUGGCAGAUUGUGGUAAAUGGCGUCAUUCUGUCAUUGAACCACACUAUCACAAGGGGGAGUUAGAAAGCUUAUCUAUCUGUAGUCUAAACUGUGGCACAAAUGUACUAUCUUUUCGUAAAUUAAUGGAGGUGCGAAUGUUUCAGUCCAAGAGUCUCUCUUCUCUGGCACUAGAGUCCUGCAUCAGGCAAAACAUUUUAUAGCUGGCGGGUGGUCCCAGAGUUGAGAGAGAACUUGGGUAAAUACAAUGGCGCAAUUACACGGUGGGCUUUUGGUUUCUCUCCCUCUAAAAACAGAAAUAAAUAAUUCUAAAUAACAAACUGGCUUUAUUUACCAUAGUGUGAAAGAGUGACAGCCCCUCUAUAUGAAGUGAGUUUGUGAAACACGGAGUCCUUCUAUGCUGAUGUGAAGAAGAAACUGAAUGAGAGAGAGUCCAGCGAGGAUAGGGAGGGGAAAAGGUUGUACAUAUUUUCAAGACCUGAGCUACUUCCUGUAUUUAUGAAAUGUACUAGUUUAUUUAGGUUAUUUAAUAUAUGUGUUUAGGCUUGGCCUAUUUACUAGGCUAUUUCGCAGCUAAAGCUAUAUUUGUCAAUAUAAAGCUGAGUGAUUCACUCAUUCGUGGCUUUGGAUCAACAUAAAUAAGUACCAACAUCCUUUCUGAUAGUCUUUCAUAAAGAAAUGUAAACUAAAUAAAUCAAAUAAAUCCUAUUCAUAAUGAAUAAUCAGAUGCGUGUUGCAAGCUUGUCAUUUUUCCUUAUUGUAGUUUUUUGUACGAUUUUAUUUGAUACAAAACAUACAUAUACAAAGGACAACUAUGUCACACCUGCCCAGACCCACCUGCUCACACCCCCAUCUCCAGUGUCCACAUCACGCUCCGCCACAUGGCCUCAAACUGCACCAUUUAGUUUCUCUCCGUCUCCCACACUCACUUUCAACAUUUGGAUAAUAAAGCAUUUAAAGGCUGACAUUGGUUGAUUUUCAGUUUUUAAGUAUAUGUUUUUUCAAGAUGAUUGACAAGGAUGAUCACUGCACCCUUAUAUGCAAUUUUUUUGAAAUAUGCAGACAGCCGGAUUAAAAGUUAAUUUCCAUUGUAAUACUUCUGACAGCCAAAUUUCUAACUCCACCCAUAACUUUUGGACUUCAUAACAUUCCCAGAAGGCAUGGAUUAUUAUAACCUAAUGAAAAAUGAACCUGGAAAUCUAAUUUAAUUUACUGCAUGCCCAAUACCUAUGGGUUUAACCUUCUGAAUGAAUGAAUAUAAUGAAGAUAGAAACUGCCUCUUAAUGAGUUAAAAGAGCCGAUCCGUUACACAACAAAAUAAUAUCCGUUUAUUUAGCCUAAUUGUUACCAGGUGGACAGUAGAGAGAGGAGGACAGUCAGAGAGAGGAAGUGAGUGGAUGAAGAGAAGAGAGAGAGAGAGAGAGAGAGAGAGAGAGAGAGAGAGAGAGAAGGAAGGAGAGGAGAGAGAGAGAGAGAGAGAGAAGGAGAGAGAGAGAGGAGAGAGAGAGAGAGAGAGAGAGAGAAGAGAGAGAGGUAGAGAAUGGUGGAAGACAUGAGGCAGUGAGGGGUGAGAGGUAGGGUGGAGAGAUGGCUCCUUCUGUAGCGCAACUGGUAGAAGCACGGCCGCUUGAAACGCCAAGGUAGUGGGUUCGAGCCCCGGGACCCCACCCAUACACAAAGAAAAUGUAUGCACGCAUGACUGUAAGUCGCCUUGGAUAAAGCGUCUGCUUAAUGGCAUAUUAUUAUUAUUAUAUGGGGCGGGGGGAGAGAGAGAGAGAGAGAAGUGUGAGAGAGAUAGGUACAGUGGUUCCUCAAUUAAAAGUUUUGAGUUAUGCCGCGACCGCUUUGUGGUAGAUGGUUGGCAGAUUGUGGUAAAUUGGCGUAAUUCUGUCAUUGAACCACACUAUCACAAGGGGGGAGUUAGAAAGCUUAUCUAUCUGUAGUCUAAACUGUGGCACAAAUGUACUAUCUUUUCGUAAAUUAAUGGAGGUGCGAAUGUUUCAGUCCAAGAGUCUCUCUUCUCUGGCACUAGAGUCCUGCAUCAGGCAAAACAUUUUAUAGCUGGCGGGUGGUCCCAGAGUUGAGAGAGAACUUGGGUAAAUACAAUGGCGCAAUUACACGGUGGGCUUUUGGUUUCUCUCCCUCUAAAAACAGAAAUAAAUAAUUCUAAAUAACAAACUGGCUUUAUUUACCAUAGUGUGAAAGAGUGACAGCCCCUCUAUAUGAAGUGAGUUUGUGAAACACGGAGUCCUUCUAUGCUGAUGUGAAGAAGAAACUGAAUGAGAGAGAGUCCAGCGAGGAUAGGGAGGGGAAAAGGUUGUUCAUAUUUUCAAGACCUGAGCUACUUCCUGUAUUUAUGAAAUGUACUAGUUUAUUUAGGCUAUUUAAUAUAUGUGUUUAGGCUUGGGCUAUUUACUAGGCUAUUUAAUAUAUGUGUUUAGGCUUGGCCUAUUUACUAGGCUAUUUAAUAUAUGUGUUUAGGCUUGGCCUAUUUACUAGGCUAUUUAAUAUAUGUGUUUAGGCUUGACCUAUUUACUAGGCUAUUUAAUAUAUGUGUUUAGGCUUGGCCUAUUUACUAGGCUAUUUCGCAGCUAAAGCUAUAUUUGUCAGUAUAAAGCUGAGUGAUUCACUCAUUCAUGGCUUUGGAUCAAAAUAAAUAAGUACCAACAUCCUUUCUGAUAGUCUUUCAUAAAGAAAUGUAAACUAAAUAAAUCAAAUAAAUCCUAUUCAUAAUUACAUUUACAUUUACGUCAUUUAGCAGACGCUCUUAUCCAGAGCGACUUACAGUUAGUGAAUACAUAAUUUUAUUUUUUUAUACUGGCCCCCCGUGGGAAUCGAAACCACAACCCUGGCAAUGCAAACGCCAUGCUCUAUCAACUGAGCUACAUCCCUGCCGGCCAUUCCCUCCCCUACCCUGGACGACGCUGGGCCAAUUGUGCGCCGCCCAUGAGUCUCCCGGUCGCGGCCGGCUGCGACAGAGCCUGGAUUCGAACCAGGAUCUCUAGUGGCACAGUUAGCACUGCGAUGCAGUGCCUUAGACCACUGCGCCACUCAGGAGUUAAUGAAUAAUAAUGAAUAAUCAGAUGCGUGUUGCAAGCUUGUCAUUUUUCCUUAUUGUAGUUUUUUGCACGAUUUUAUUUGAUACAAAACAUACAUAUACAAAGGACAACUACGUCACCCCUGCCCAGACCCACCUGCUCACACCCCCAUCUCCAGUGUCCACAUCACUCUCCGCCACAUGGCCUCAAACUGCACCAUUUAGUUUCUCUCCGUCUCCCACACUCACUUUCAACAUUUGGAUAAUAAAGCAUUUAAAGGCUGACAUUGGUUGAUUUUCUGUUUUUAAGUAUAUGUUUUUUCAAGAUGAUUGACAAGGAUGAUCACUGCACCCUUAUAUGCAAUUUUUUUGAAAUAUGCAGACAGCCGGAUUAAAAGUUAAUUUCCAUUGUAAUACUUCUGACAGCCAAAUUUCUAACUCCACCCAUAACUUUUGGACUUCAUAACAUUCCCAGAAGGCAUGGAUUAUUAUAACCUAAUGAAAAAUGAACCUGGAAAUCUAAUUUAAUUUACUGCAUGCCCAAUACCUAUGGGUUUAACCUUCUGAAUGAAUGAAUAUAAUGAAGAUAGAAACUGCCUCUUAAUGAGUUAAAAGAGCCGAUCCGUUACACAACAAAAUAAUAUCUGUUUAUUUAGCCUAAUUGUUACCAGGUGGACAGUAGAGAGAGGAGUGAGUGAGAGAGAAAAGAGAGAGAGGAGAGAGAGAGAGAGAGAGAGAGAGAGAGAGAGAGAGAGAGAGAGAGAGAGAGAGAGAGAGAGAGAGAGAGAGAGAGAGAGAGAGAGGUAGACAUUUAAAAUUCUGCUCUAGCAGCCACACAGGCCUUAGGAGGUGAGAGGAAACCCUGGUCAACAACUAAUCUGCCCCGGGUAUAGAAAACAAGUACAGUGUUACACCUCAACAUACAUUUUACUGAGUCGAGGCAGAGUUCUUUAUUAGAUUAAAUAUUUGCCUUGGUGAAAUAGAGUACACAUUCAUUACGUUGCCAUUAUAAUACAGUGACUAUACUUCAUAUGACUACAGUGGCUACAUAACUUGCUGCUGUGUCAUGGUGAGACAGUCUGCUGAGUGAGUGGGUGUUGAGGCCCGGUGAUGGGGGCUGCGGUUAAAUAAGCACUGCUGAAUAGAAACGUCCACACUUCCACACGUCUGAGCCUCCAGGGAGGACGUUGGGUCCCAGUGGCUGCCUGCCCCAGCUCCAGACUGUUAAUUGAUUUGGGAUGGAGAUCUGCCUCGAGUCGCUCUCCUCUGGGGCUUCAGUCUGCAGAUAACACCACCUGCAAUCCUGGAGCCUCCCAUAGAGAGCUGCACUGCCUAAUGACAUAGAUGACCUUCGACCUCCCAGUCUCAGGUGUUUAAGUGAUCCAGAUAUGACCUCCCAGUCUCAGGUGUUUAAGUGGUCCAGAUUUGAAUAUCCAUUGUGCAUACUCUCUCAGAGCUGAUUUCUUUAAAAUGUUACAAUUUAGAAUAAAUAGUUCAAUAUGCAACAGCAAGCAAAUCCACUGUCUGUGGAUGAAAUCUCAAACCCUGCGUGCUGGGAUAUUGUCGAGGCUUAAUGUAAAGGGAAUCCUCCAUUGUAAUUGUGGAAUAAUCCCUCCCUGCCCUUUGCCCUCUUAGAAUGAAUAUAAUGAAUGUAAUACUUGCAUCUAGUGUUUUAUAGUUGUAUAGCUUUAAGGCUAUUUCUGGCACACAGUGGCAGAGGCAGUUAUGUGUCGCAUUUUCACAUCAAUCAUUCUUCAUUGACGGAGGUGUCAUUGAAUGCCCUCUAAGUCUUGAACGCAGCUCCACUGGAGCGGAUGGUGAAACACUUGGCAACCGUGUUGGAUUCUCUCACUGUGUUGUUUUAUUGUGAUGUCAUCGCCUCCUUCUGAGAAAUGUAAUUCUGUCGGUCUCUCCGGGGGUGCAGACACAGCCCAGUGAUAGAUCUGGGAUUCCCACAAAUGGGAAGUGCCCAACAAAUAAUCAGGCUUAACUUAAUUUAUUGCAGACAGAGAUGGCAUUCCAAUAACAGUAAUACUGAUAUACUGUGUGGAUUUUACCGAUCAGGACUGGAAGGCCCAAUUGCAGCACUGCCUCAGUCUGUAGUAUGAUGUAUUGCCAUGUUUAGCAAAAUACUGUAUUAUACAGUAUGACUGUCAUAGGCUGCUACACUAUCCUUCCUGGAUUCUUCUCUCUCUCAUUGGCGUCAUAAUAUUGAUGUCUCCGAUGGGGGAAACAAGGUCGGUUUGUUUCCUAAAUCCAGAUGAAAUCCUGAGAUUAAAGCCUAAAAGAUCCUGUGAUCAGUGGUAAUAGCAGCACGCUGUCAUUUUAAUCACACCAUCCUGUUUGCCUCCCAGCUGGGUCUGUUCGUUAUGGAAAAUCUGUCAAUGUCUGAGCUCAUGAUUACAUAAUAAUGGACAAUGAGCAAACUAAUUCAAAGCAACCAAUAUUUUAGUUUGUGCUGGUGGAGGCCUCUGGGAAGCAUAGUGACCGGCUACAGGUAUUUAUGACAAUGACAUGGUGCAUCUCUCUACUGUAGUUGUCAAACAGUAAAAUCACGACUUUUGUACAAAUAUUUUCACACACCAAAAUAUGACAGUUAUGCGAAAAAAAUUAUGGUUAGCACAUCGUGAAACAAUGACCGUCUUCUCCUAGUUUCAAGGUCUGGGAGGCUUCUCUGAAACUGACUUGUGAAGGCAGACCCUACAGGCAUCAUGUAGUCUCCCUGGUAUUGCUGUCACUCGUCGUUAGCAAUGGUGUAAAAUUGCAUUAGAAGUGAGGGGGCCCCAUAAAGGAACUGAUACCAUGCUGUUUGUACUGUCCAAGAAUAGGUUAUAGUCCAACAAUUUUGACAAUUAUAGCUGUGUCUCUACCCUGUUAUUUCCCCCUUCCUCCCGCUCGGAAAGUCCUAAUCAGCCGUCACUGUCAGGGAAAACCCUCAUUAUGCUUGUCGUGUCACUCGUUUGUAGCCCCUGGCAACGUGAUUAAGAGUGAACACCAGAUGCUUCAGGUGAUACAGAGAGAGAGAGAUGGGUUCGCUGAACAAGAUAAUCAUAGUGAUCACGUCAAAACCUUGACUUAACAUGACUUAGCUGGCAGCGUAAUGUUCCGGAAAUUCCUACACAGACAAGCUGUAACAGUAGGAUAUAACCUGUUAGCUGUCGUUGAGGAAAUAUUUAGGUUGUUUGUGUUUUGGAAAGUGAAUGAGAUCCUGACCCUUGACCUUAACAAAUUGGCGCAUCAGUUUUAUUCCCCUGAGGCACUGACAGUACAGCCCCAUGCCUGGCUGGAGCUGACAACUGUGUGUGUGCGUAUUUGUGUCCGCGUGCUCGUCUGUGUGCUAUGUGUGCCUGCAUGUGUGAUUGACUGCUAGGCUGAUCUCUGCUGUGUAUUGUAAUUAUAGACCUGUGUAUUAACCUCUGUCAUGUGUCCCUCUCUGUAGAUUGUGGCCUUACAGGAGCAGAAUGCCCACAUCCAAAGGAAGGUGGCGUCAGGGGACGGGUCAGAGGACAUACUGGAGGGCACUGAUGCCAGCCAGAAGGUACAUAGCAAGGUGGGCAUCCAUUGCAUUUACUGUCUUUCUUUUUUUCCUGUCAAUAUCCACAGCUCCAACACUCUCAACAUUUCAGUUUUCACAUCAACGUAAAAGUGUCGGAUAUAGAUACUUUUCAAACAUCAUUUUCAUUGAUUCAACAAAGUUGUCCAUUCAUAGUCUGAUAUUAGUAUCAUCGUGGUAUCAAUCAUGUUAUCAUUUCACUAGCUAGAUAGAUACAGCCUUUGACUGUCAGCAGUGUCUUUGAGCAGCCUGAUAGGCAGCGUGAAGGACACCCACAAUCAGGUGAUAUGUACUGUCUAUGACCCCACCAGAUUCCAUUAUACUGGAGCACCCAUACUUCUGAAUACAUCUGCAUAUAAAUGGUCCUAGAUCACACAUUCAUACAUUGUCCUAUAAUGCAUCCACGAUUAGUCAGACCAGAGUGAAACACAGUACCUUGAGCAGUCAAAGCGUAGGACAUUUCCUGAUACUCCCAGACAUCAAAAGCACUUAGAAUGCAGAAAGCAACAGUGUCUUAAUCUCAUAGAGGCUGGUACUGCAGAACAACAAACAGAGACAUCAAUGACAAUUCAAUUCUAGCUCUCGUCUCAUGGUUUGGAUGUGAGCUGAAUCUCUAGGCUCGUGGAUGAGCUGUACCGUGUGAUGGGGACGGGUUGCCAGGAGUGUACGAUUCAGUUGAGCCUGACUGGGCGACAGCUGUCUGUGGCCUGUCAUUCUGCAGAGUAGGGGGGUGGGGAUGAGAGGGGUUGGAAGGUUGAAACUCCCCGUCACACACACACACACCCUCCUUGGUGUUAGUGAGAGGGAAGUCACUCACUGUCACCAUCCAGAGGUAGUGACACGGAUGAUCUUCGGGGCAACUUUCCUCCCGGGGGGCGGGGCAGAGUCCUCCUCUCCGUCUCACUGCUCCUGGGUAGAAGGGUGUUGGAGUAGAAUGAACACACAGGCUAACGUCGUCAUCAGGCUGUUGUCAACCGUGUGUCAGGUGGAGGUGUGUGUGUGUUGUGUGUGUGUUGUGUGUGUGUGUGUGUGUGUGUGUGUGUGUGUGUGUGUGCACGUGUUGCACCUGAAUUAACCAUCAGGUCACAUCAUCACCCCGGGGCAUAGAGCUAGCUUAACCUGACAAGACAGCUAAUGCAGUCAGACAGCCAUGGCCUUUCCCUUCUAACCAUCAAGACCUCAAUAUUAUAUAGUGAUCGAAACUCCGAAUAUUUCCUGUUGAAUAGUAAAACCAAGAAGAUUUAUCCAUAGCGGUAAUCUUUUACAGUUAGCAAUUUCAAAACAUAACGAUAAAAUAUAAGCUAGACUAGUUUUUACUGACAUGCCCAAGCUAUUGGUGCUGGGCUCCCCCACUGCAAUUUAGCAGCGCUGUAAAGUUGCUGUGAUAUGUAGACAACUAGACGUAUAAAACGGGUCUAAUUUAGCAAAAGGAAACUGCCACGGUACACAGUAGCUUGUUCCCUACCAGAUCAAUCUGCCUCGAUGGAGAAACAAUGUUUAACUCCAUGUCCAUCACUCUUAAAGGCAUUGUUACAAGUAUCAAGUCCACCUCGUCCCCAACCGGAUAACUCCCCUGCAGGCUUUACGAGUAUACUCUCCGACGCUCCGCAAUUAAGUUUUUAUUUCGAGAACCGGCCGUAUAACUUGUUAUCUCUGGGAAAAGUUCAAACCAACCCGCACUAAAAGCCAAGCUAAGGAGAUGAAUCCCAAAGUUUGUCCAUUAUGAGAGUUGGCUGUUGUGUUGGUAUUAAAACCAGCGGGCUGAUUUAGUGGGGCCUGUUGCCUUACACGGUGAAUCAUUUAUCACAGGCAGUAGGGAGAGAGGCCCAAUUAGGGCUGUCUGGCCAGAUGGAUGGGUAUGGAUGGGCAGCUGGCCCUGAUACAUGAGGAUGGGUAGAGGAGGGAGAGAGAGGGGGGGGGGGGGGGUAGGAGAAAGAGAGAAGGGAAAGAGAGAUGGGAGAGGAGAGAGACAGACAGACAGACAGGGGUACAGAAAGAGAGAUGGGAGAGGAGAGACAGACAGACAGAGAGAGAGGGGUACAGAUAGAGAGAUGAGAGAGGAGAGACAGACAGACAGACAGAGAGAGGGGUACAGAUAGAGAGAUGAGAGAGGAGAGACAGACAGACAGAGAGAGGGGUACAGAUAGAGAGAUGAGAGAGGAGAGACAGACAGACAGAGAGAGGGGGUACAGAUAGAGAGAUGAGAGAGGAGAAACAGACAGACAGAGAGAGGGGUACAGAUAGAGAGAUGGGAGAGGAGAGACAGACAGGCAGAGAGAGGGGUACAGAUAGAGAGAUGAGAGAGGAGAGACAGACAGGCAGAGAGAGGGGUACAGAUAGAGAGAUGAGAGAGGAGAGACAGACAGACAGAGAGAGGGGUACAGAUAGAGAGAUGAGAGAGGAGAGACAGACAGACAGAGAGAGGGGUACAGAUAGAGAGAUGAGAGAGGAGAGACAGACAGACAGAGAGAGGGAGAGGAAAAGAGAAACAUAAGUCCCCCUCCCUCUCUCUGUCUGUCUCCUCCUCCCUUCCAGAGUCAAACCAAAUCAUAUUCCUAAUGCAAGUGCCAAACUCUUCAAUGCAGUCUGGAGGAAUAUUUAUAGUGCCUCCAUCACCCUGGCUGUGUGUCCAUCUGAAAUGAAACCAGAAUAGGGGGCCAACAACCUCCAGCUCCUAAAUUUAUUAGAGCGCUAACACUAUCUCUCUUGAGUGGGAAAUGCAGAGGUCUGAUUCAAGGCCCUCUCAGCCUGUACUUCAGCACUCACUGCAGAGGGCUUGACUGGAAAUUAUGUUGUUUCAGCUCAUCCAUUUCAAUUCAGCUAGCUAACACAGUUUUUGUGUCAUGGGACCUUAAUUAACUCAAUCCACGAAAUUGCUGAAAUUGCUGAAAAGCAAUUUAGAAAUUAAUUUUUUAUUCUUGACUUAGCUCCUGAUUUGACUGAAUGGAAAUGGAGUUGAGCCCAAUCCUGCCAGCUUUAUCCAAUAAGAGUCAAAACGUCUGGUUAAAUGUCUCAUUCUCUCUCAUUCUCUCUCCUCCUGGUCCCCCAGCGCCUGUCCAACGGCUCCAUGGAGUCGGCCCACGAGGCCAGCCAGGUGGUGGAGCUGCAGGACCUGCUGGAGAAGCAGAACUAUGAGCUGGCCCAGAUGAAGGAGCGCAUGUCCUCCCUGUCCUCCCGCGUCUCCGAGGUGGAGCAGGAGCUGGACACCGCCCGCAAGGACCUCAUCAAGACAGAGGAGAUGAGUACUAAAUAUCAGAGGGACAUCAAAGAGGUGAGGAGAGAGGUACAUUCAUAGGAGAUGCACCCACUCUCUAAGGAGAGACACUCACACACACACUGUUAAUUGAGAGUUAGGGUUGUUGAGAACAUACAUUAACAUGCAUGAGGGACAUAUGCAUUCACUACCUCAACCUCCUCUCUGACGACUUAGAGGAGUUACUGCCUCAGACAAUCUGGAUGGUUCUUGGAAAAGUAAUGUAUCCAGGCUUCUUACUACACAUUGGUACUCGGAGAUGGUCUCUACUCAUCUGUCCUGUGCUAUAGGCGGACCAUUAUAGUCACACAAUCACUGGACCCUCUUAUUUGGAGGAGAAGUGAAUGUCCAUCCGGUGAUGUGAAUCUGAAUGUGACCUGGCUCUUGGUCCGCCUUGCUAGCGGCUAACCCUGGUUGAGAUUGCUAUUGAUUGCUAAUGAUGAUGGCAGCCUGGGCUCAGGAAGUGAGGCCCAGCUAGUACACUGAUCUUUAUCAGCCCAGUCCUGUCUAAGUAAUUACCACUGUCUGUGGAGACUGGUCUGAGAACAGUGUUAUAUCAUAACAGCGCUAGAGGACAUUUCCUUCCCCUCUAUACACAUACUCACUGAGACUCCAUACAGGAAAUUAACCGUAGGAGAUUUAGGGAGAUACUGUUUAUGCUGUUGAGAGGGAAAUGUACAAUGCACAGACACACACACACACAGUUGAGUACAUGUAAAUCUGUCUCACUGUGUGUGUGUGUGUGUGUGUGUGUGUGUGUGUGUGUGUGUGUGUGUGUUUGUCCCUACAGGCUAUGUGUCAGAAGGAGGACAUGGAGGAGAGGAUCGUCACUCUGGAGAAGCGGUACCUCAGCGCCCAGAGAGAGUCCACCUCCCUGCACGACAUCAGCGACAAACUGGAGAAUGAGCUGGCCAAUAAGGAAGCGUUCCUCAGACAGGUCACUUACCCUCUUCCACCAAUCCUAACUUUAACCAUUAAAGUAGUGGGGGAGCUGGGGGGGAUACAAAACUGAACUAAGAUCAGCAUCUGAGGGAUACUUCUUUAACCCCACUGACUUUAAACCUUUGGUUUUAGGGUCACAACCCAGAAGGAAUCAAAAGUGUCCCCACCGUGGGUCCCACCCACCUAGAAAAACCAUGCCCUUUAGUACAUGUUAUUGCUAAGGCAAAACUCAAUUACAUCUCGCAUCUCUGGUUUAAAGGAGAUCUCCAUGGGCUCAGGGAUCGUUCUCUACAUUAAUGGAGGACCAUAGUUACAAUAGCACACAUAUUUGCUGAAAUCACCUGCGAUCUGGAUGAAUAACACACUGUUCAUUGCCAGUAGUGGAUCAAGGAUAACUCUCGUCUUUGAUGAAUAAGAGUUCAUAACAUUCUGAAACGAGAGGAUAUCUUGACAUUGUGUUUAACUCCAGCUGAGUAAUUUGCGUAUGGGUCAGGAAUUGUAAUGUAGUUGCUUGAAGAGGCUGUGUGGGUGGAUGUGCAUGGAUGCUUAUCUGUGCCUGAGUUAUUUGGUAUUGUGAAUAAUGUUAUGAUUAAGGAGGGGGAGCAAUCACAGAUACAGCACCAACAGCUGAGCUCAAGGCAGAUGGAUUUUCAUACAUUUUUAUUGCCAAGCUAUAGAGAACACACACAUACACACACACACACACACACACACAUGAAUCCGCAUUUCUUAAACAGAAGGUACUCCGUGCACAUUUAAGCAAUAAUGCCCGAGGAGGUGUGGUAUAUGGUCUGAUAUACCACGGCUGUCAACCAAUCAGCAUUCAGGGCUCGAACCACGCAGUUUAUAAAAGGAAAUAAACCAUAAGCAAUUUCCAUGUGCAAUUUUCUAAACUUACAUUUCUAAUCCAAUGUUUGCCCUUGGUUUGUGUCUGGCAUCAGCCCCUUGGUUCUUUCCAAUGGCAUCCUGGCCCAUUCCCUUGCCACUAGGAAGCUUGGGCUAAGUUUAACUCUGAACUCCAACCAGGGAUGAGAGUUGAAUGGUACUCCAUCCAGCAGCAUUCAAAGAGCAUACAGAAAUAAAGCCCCAACCCCCCCUAUGGACCCAGCAGUCACAUCACACCACCACCCCUGCAGAUCUGGUUUGUCUUGUUGCCGUGCCAACGGCCCUGCCCCAGGGCCUGGGCACUGACUUUUGAAGAUGAGCAACUCAAGAGGGACGAAGAGGGGAGACGGAGAGAUUGAAGGAGGGAUGGAGACAGAGGGUGCAGGGAAUACAGAGCCUCAAGUGUUUUUUUCAAAGCCAGUAGGGUGCUGGGCCUGUGUAUACAUACAGUAGUAGUAAACACACAGUAUAGCAGAGAGACACACACAGAGAGCCCUGGUUUGGCCCCCCCAGGCCCCCCAUGGCCCCCAGCCCACUCAUGUCUAAUUACUGGGUAUGGGCUACCAGGGCCAAUGCUAUGGGGGGACGGGAGCAUCUGUCACUGGUGGAGACAGCUGCCAAGUAGUCUCUGGAAAUGGAACAGUCUGAAACUGAGCAGAGCCAGGAGGAAGAUUGAAUGGGCCGUAGGGAAACAGAGGUUUCACUUUGUCUCUACUACUGUACCUUAAAUUAUGUAUACUAGGGGUGUGUUUCUUUCCCUUUCAAGACGAUUCGAUACGUAUCUAGAUACUUGGGCUCCGAUACGAUAUAGGAACGAUACGUUUAAGUUUGAAACGAUUCUGUGCGAUUCGGUUUGAGUAGAGAACGAAUCGAUGCGAUUUGAUGCGACACGAUUCGAUGCAGAAAUAUUUGUUGCAUAAACACAUUCAUUUUCACAUUCAAUAUCUGCUGCUGAUGGAGCUCCUGAGCUGGGCCUCUCUGAGCUGAUUCAUCUGAUCUGACGUGUGUGUGUGUGUGUGUGUGUGUGUGUGUGUGUGUGUGUGUGUGUGUGUGUGUGUGUGUGUGUGUGUGUGUGUAAAUGAUGUAUGUCUAUGGUGUAUGUACCAUGUAGGCACCUGAGCCACCCCACUGUCAGAUUAGGAGAGGACGCAUCAGUUGUCACAAAAGAUGAGAGGUAUUUCCGGAAGGUAGAAAGAAUGUAAUAUGAGCAAAACAUUUUAGUGAACCAGCGAUUCGUAACGUUUGAAUAAAUUUUCUGACCGAUCCAUGCUACAUUUGGAUCGGUUUGGGGUCCGCGGAACGAUGCACUUGUAUCUUAUUAAACAUUUGAAUAGGGGACCGAUGCGUAUCGGUGAAUCGAUACAUCCCUAAUGUAUAUUCAAAUCAAAUCAAAUAUUAUUUGUCACAUACACGUGUUUAGCAGAUGUUAUAGCGGGUGUAGCGAAAUGCUUGUCUGUGUAGUGGAAGGGAAGUGUUGUCUGUGUUUCUGAUAUAGAAUGACUUUAGUGUAUACAUACAGUAUAUAUACUGUAUACUGUUCUAUAUUUAUUACUUGUUACCUAGCCUGUCCAGAAAUACUCAGAUAACUCUCUCUUGAGAUUGGCAUUGAGUUGUACUUGAUGUGACGUUAUUGCAGCCAAGUGCACUUCAUGUGUGAUAUGGGUCGAGGUCAUAAGUCACAAUGUUUCCUGUGUGUGUGUGUGUGUGUGUGUGUGUGUGUGUGUGUGUGUGUGUGUGUGUGUGUGUGUGUGUGUGUGUGUGUGUGUGUGUGUGUGUGUGUGUGUGCAGAUGGAGGAUAAGAACAGGCAGCUGCAGGAGCGUUUGGAGCUAGCAGAGCAGAAGCUGCAGCAGACCAUGAGAAAGGCUGAGACCCUGCCAGAGGUGGAGGCUGAACUGGCCCAGAGGAUAGCAGCACUCACCAAGGUGAGAGGACACACUCACACACACACACACUUGUAUGCAUGCAGACACACACGCAGCACACAUUGCUCCCAUCAUUAAAGUAACUCCAGUGUUUCCAGAUUUCUAUGAAAUAUGACCUAUAAUUAAUUACAAUAUGAGUGAAAUAGUUUUCCUUCCCCAGAAAUGUCAUUAAUUAUGUUAAAAAGCAGCUUUUCUGUGUUGGAAUGGUGUGGGCGUACCCCAUCAACAGAAUGCUAUGGGCAUAUACCGGUCAUUAAAAGCAUUAAUGCGAGUAGACCGCUGAUUGGCUUGCUCAUCCUCCUCAGGAGGAUGACAUCAUCCUCUAUGAGGAAAUAGCAAGCAUUUUUUAAACAGUCUGUUUGAGAUACAAGGUUUGAGGUGGGGUUUUUGAAGUGUUUUUUUCUCCCAAUGUAUGCUUUGGCCACAUACGAGUAUAGGAUGAGUCAACAACAUUAUUUGGGUAUGCGUUAACAGCAUUUUAACUUUAAAAAUUUGAGAUUUUCACUUGACAGUUACUUUAACCACUCCAUCAUAUUCCAAGAGAGGUCAUUUCAAAACUGGUUAUGUAUAACUGAUUAUCAUCAUACAUGAGUGUGUCUUUUUAAUGAUGUGUUGUUUGUUAUGUGCUAGUAUGUGUAGGCUAUGCAUGCCAUCACCUCUGACCCUGUGAUAUGUUCCUCUCCUCUCCUGCUGCCCCAUAGUCUGACUCGAGCUCCGCCUCCUCUCCUGAUGAUUAUCAGUUUGUUAUGGAAGCUAAACUCCAAGACAUGAACUCCAUUCUUAGGAAGGUAGUCCCACAGGGUGCCACAGUACUGUCGCUAACUACUAGACUAUAUUUAAAAAGAUCCAUGCUGGUUUUAUUUAUUUCUGUUGUCACAAGUCAUUGUACUGGGAUUGCUUGUGGGGAAUAUUUGUUUUUCCUUGUGUCCGUAGGCAGGGUUGAAACAGUGGGAAAAGUUGCAUGUCACUGGCUGGGCUCAUUGCUAGUAGACUUAACUGCUGCAGCAACUGCUUGUGACCUGGCCCCUCUCUCACCCCUCUCUCUACCUGUGCUUUAGUGAUCUAUCUGUUCCAUCUGAGAUUGGGGGAGUAGAGGUUUUUGGCUCUGUCUUGCCUUGUUGCCCCUGCAUUAUGUGCCUGUGUUGCCCUCCAUGGCUGCUAAACUGGCGGGUCACUGUGUCCCCCUGCCCCCCUCUCUCCCCCCCCCCCCCAUUCCUGCCUGUGUGGUGGCCCCUGCAGGCAGAGGAGCGCCACGGCAGCAUCGAGGAACGCAUGAGGCACCUGGAGGGCCAGCUGGAGGAGAAGCACCAGGAGCUGCUCAGAGUGAGUCACCCCCGGGGGAAUAUGCUAACAUGCUAGGCUAGGUUAUGCUACAUGCCACCUGUUUGCUGACCAUGGGCAGCCUAGCGUGCUAGCUGCCAUAAGGCUAGUAUGCUAGGUUAAGCUAAAUGCCACCCAUCACAGACUGGCUUCAUUGCACCUGCUCCUCAUAUAAGUUUAAGAGAAUGACUUUGCACUAUCCAGUUGACUUGUUUAUGGUUAGAUAAUUGGCUAGUAUGGUAAGACAUACUGUCAAGCUUCUGCUUUUAAAGUCACACACUUUGUAUUUUUUGUCCCCCUCAGGCUCGGCAGAGAGAAAAGAUGAAUGAGGAACACAACAAGCGCCUGUCGGACACGGUGGACAGACUUCUCACAGAGUCCAACGAACGUCUUCAGCUCCACCUCAAGGAGAGGAUGGCUGCUCUGGAAGAGAAGGUUAAACAUGGAGACCACAUCAAUAGCAACAUGUCAUAAAGUUUUAUUUCAGACGAAUUUUAGGAAAUGGCCAUAGAUUGACUGGAAUACUUCACUUUCCAUUUCAGAACGUUUUAAUACAAGACUCGGAAGGCUACAGAAAACAGUACGAGGAUUCAAUCCAUGAAAAAGUAGGUCCCCCCGGAUCACAAAUGAUUACAUUUUUCUCUCCCUCAUUUUUGAAUUUUACAUGAGGUUGGUUUAAUAAAGUGCUUUUUAAUAGAUAAAUAUGAUCUGGGUGUUGGGUUUAAUUUGUUAUCAUCUUCUCUAUUGAAUAUUCACAAGUAACCGUUGCUCUCGGUUCAGAUAGUGAGAUAGAAAUCCCUAACCAGGCAGAGUUUGAGAACUGACUAGCAAGUGCUGUCCAAUCAUGUUGUGGAAAUUGAAAUUGAAAUCCAGGGUUUUACAGUAAUGAAUAAGAAACUUCACAAGGUUUUCUGUACACCUCAUAUUGUCCCUUUUUUCCGGCUUCCCUCCAGACUCAUCUGGCAGAUGAAAUAGACAAGCUGAGAUCAGAGCUGGACCAGUUCCGACUGAGAACAGGCUCCCUCACAGAACCCACUCUGUCACGGUAUGGGUGAGUUUGUAGGACAGUGUGUGUGUGUGUGUGUGUGUGCAUAUACACUGAGUGUACAAAACAUUAAGAACACCUUCCUAAUAUUGAGUUGCAACCCCCCUUUUUGCCCUCAGAACAGCCUCAAUUCGUCGGGGCAUGGACUCUACAAGGUGUCGAAAGCUUUCCACAGGGAUGCUGGCCCAUGUUGACUCCAAUGCUUCUCACAAUUGUGUCAAGUUGGCUGGAUGUCCUUUGGGUGGUGGACCAUUCUUGAUACACACGGGAAACUGUUGAGCGUGAAAAACCCAGCACAGUUGCAGUUCUUGACACAAACCAGUGCCCCUGGCACCUACUACCAUACUCUGUUCAAACACACUUCAAUAUUUUGUCUUGCCCAUUCACCUUCUGAAUGGCACACAUACACAAUCCAUGUCUCAAUUGUCUCAAGGCUUAAAAAUCCUUUCCCAACAACUCCAUUUAGAUUCAGCUACAUUUCUCUGAGAUGAUUAGAGAUAACAUCACUAUGUAGAUCCUUCUGUUGUCCCUCUAUACUACAUCAUUAAAAAGCAUUCCACAGGUUGCCACACAAAUGUGUGAUCACAAUGCAAGCAUCACGACUGGUCUGUCUAGAUAACAAGCAGCCAUUACAAGCAUCAUUUGAUUCGGUCCUGAUUCUGUCACAGAUCUUACGUAUAAAGCACUACAUUGUAGCCAAGUCAUCAGAAUUGAUAGCUAACACAUGGACUGUAUGUUCCUUGCACAAAUUGCUGUUUGCAAUGCUGCCUUCGUUUGAAAACAAAGAAGUGUUGUUAUGGUGUCUGACAUGCAUGUUCUCCUCUCUCUCUUUCGCUAUCUAUCUAUCUAUCUAUCUAUCUAUCUAUCUAUCUAUCUAUCUAUCUAUCUAUCUAUCUAUCUAUCUAUCUAUCUAUCUAUCUAUCUAUCAUCAUCUAUCUAGCUAUCUAUCUAUCUAUCACUAUCUAUCUAUCUAUCUAUCUAUUCUAUCUAUCUAUCUAUCUAUCUAUCUAUCUAUCUAUCUAUCUAUCUAUCUAUCUAUCUAUCAAUCAAUCAGGUCUCACCUGGAUACGUCGGGGGAGCUCCGCUUCUCCCUGGGCUCCCUGGCUGAGACCCAGUCAGACCACUACCGGUCAGCCAAGGUCAUCCGCAGGCCCAGGAGAGGACGCAUGGGUCUCCGCAGGGAUGAGAGCAAGGUCAGGAACUAGUCUCUCUCUGGUCAGCCCUGGCUGAGGUAGAAGCAGGAGUAGAACUAUUCUAUCAGUAGAAUAGUUCAGGGGCUAUUCUACUGAUCCAUUAAGUCAGGAAAGCUUAAACAAGUACAGAUAAAGUAUUUGAACUCAGGUCUGUAUGACAUACAUGGUUUCAUGGAGCCAGACUGUUAGCAUUAGCAAGACAGAGGGGAAAACUGUUGGAUAAUUGUUAUAAAGUGCUACUGUUACCGUGUCUCAGGAUUGUAACAUAAAUCACGAUGAAGACUGAAAUAACCUGGAGUUAAAUACUGAGAUUCAGCAUUAAUCUGAGAAGCUUGUUUCAGCAUAUUUUUAUAUUUAUUAAAAAGUCUUUAAUGGCUUAUUGAGAUACUUUGGGGCGUAUUCAAAGUCAAGCCUCAUUAUUUUGUCUAAUGAAAGGAGAAUUAGUAGAGAACUUGUAGGCUCCUUGAAGCUGUCAGCUUUACUUAGCCAAUUAUUUUAUAAAACCAGAAUACUGUAUAUGCAUUAUUGGAUGCAUUAAUCAUAAUGUGUGCUGUAAUAUUUGUACAGUGCAAAAAAAUAUUCAAGUCUCUUUAUCAUAAAACGUUCACAUCUCUCUACAGUUACAGUUGAAGUCGGAAGUUUACAUACACCCUUAGCCAAAUACAUUUAAACUCAGUUUUUUCACAAUUCCUGACAUUUAAUCCUAGUAAAAAUUCCCUGUCUUAAGUCAGUUAGGAUCACCACUUUAAUUUAAGAAUGUGAAAUGUCAGAAUAAUAGUAGAGAAAAUGAUUUAUUUCAGCUUUUAUUUAUUUCAUCACAUUCCCAGUGGAUCAGAAGUUUACAUACACUCAAUUAGUAUUUGGUAGCAUUGCCUUCAAAUUGUUUAACCUGGGUCAAACGUUUCGGGUAGCCUUCCACAAGCUUCCCACAAUAAGUUGGGUGAAUUUUGGCCCAUUCCUCCUGACAGAGCUGGUGUAACUGUGUCAGGUUUGUAGGCCUCCUUGCUCACACACGCUUUUUCAGUUCUGCCCACACAUUUUGUAUAGGAUUGAGGUCAGGGCUUUGUGAUGGCCACUCCAAUACCUUGACUUUGUUGUCCUUAAGCCCUUUUGCCACAACUUUGGAAGUAUGCUUGGGGUCAUUGUCCAUUUGGAAGACCCAUUUGCGACCAAGCUUUAACUUCCUGACUGAUGUCUUGAGAUGUUGCUUCAAUAUAUCCACAUAAUCUUCCUUCCUCAUGAUGCCAUCUAUUUUGUGAAGUGCACCAGUCCCUCCUGCAGCAAAGCACCCCCAAAGCAUGAUGCUGCCACCCCCGUGCUUCACGGUUGGGAUGGUGUUCUUCGGCUUGCAAGUUCCCCCUUUUUCCUCCAAACAUAAUGAUGGUCAUUGUGGCCAAACAGUUCUAUUUUUGUUUCAUCAGACCAGAGGACAUUUCUCCAAAAAGUAAGAUAUUUGUCCCCAUGUGCAGUUGCAAACCGUAGUCUGGCUUUUUUAUGGCGGUUUUGGAACAGUGGCUUCUUCCUUGCUGAGUGGCCUUUCAGGUUAUGUCGAUAUAGGACUUUUUUUUACUGUGGAUAUAGACUUUUGUACCGGUUUCCUCCAGCAUCUUCACAAGGUCCUUUGCUGUUGUUCUGGGAUUGAUUUGCACUUUUCACACCAAAGUACGUUCAUCUCUAGCAGACAGAAUGCGUCUCCUUCCUGAGCGGUAUGACGUCUGCGUGGUCCCAUGGUGUUUAUACUUGCGUACUAUUGUUUGUACAGAUGAACGUGGAACCUUCAGGCAUUUGGAAAUGUCUCCCAAGGAUGAACCAGACUUGUGGAGGUCUACAAUUUAUUUUCUGAGGUCUUGGCUGAUUUCUUUUGAUUUUCCCAUGAUGUCAAGCAAAGAGGCACUGAGUUUGAAGGUAGGCCUUGAAAUACAGCCACAGGUACACCUCCAAUUGACUCAAAUGAUGUCAAUUAGCCUAUCAGAAGCUUCUAAAGCCAUGACAUCAUUUUCUGGAGUUUCCCAAGCUGUUUAAAGGCACAGUCAACUUAGUGUAUGUAAACUUCUGACCCACUGGAAUUGUGAUACAGUGAAUUAUAAGUGAAAUAAUCUGUCUGUAAACAAUUGUUGGAAAAAUUACUUGUGUCAUGCACAAAGUAGAUGUCCUAACCAACUUGCCAAAACUAUAGUUUGUUAACAAGAAAUUUGUGGAGUGGUUGAAAAACAAGUUUUCAAUGACUCCAACCUAAGUGUAUGUAAACUUCCGACUUCAACUGUAUGUCAUUCUGCCCAUGAUGCUUUACCAGGAUUACCUCAACAACACUCCCUUCCCUUGAUUAGUACACACUUCCCUUGAUUAGUGCACACUUCUGUAUCUGUAAACCCUCCCUCCCCCCUACAGGCUAAGUCACUGGGGGAGCACGAGUGGCGGUCUCAGCAGCUAGGCAUCCUGGGUAGCCACCCCUUUGAGAGUGAGAUGUCUGACAUGUCGGACAUUGAUGAUGAUGACCGGGAGACCAUGUUCAGCUCCAUGGACCUGCUGUCCCCCGGCGGUCACUCAGACGCCCAGACCCUGGCCAUGAUGCUGCAGGAGCAGCUGGACGCCAUUAACAAAGAGAUACGGUAAGGGACUUUAACCCAGCUCUUAUUGGACAGACCAUGCUAGGGACCAGACAUUUACCUGACUUUAACACUGCUCUUAUUGGACAGACCAUGCUAGGGGCCAGACAUUUACCUGACUUUAACCCAUCUCUUAUUGGACAGACCAUGCUAGGGGCCAGACAUUUACCUGACUUUAACACUGCUCUUAUUGGACAGACCAUGCUAGGGACCAGACAUUUACCUGACUUUAACACUGCUCUUAUUGGACAGACCAUGCUAGGGACCAGACAUUUACCUGACUUUAACACUGCUCUUAUUGGACAGACCAUGCUAGGGACCAGACAUUUACCUGACUUUAACCCAGCUCGUAUUGGACAGACCAUGCUAGGGACCAGACAUUUACCUGACUUUAACACUGCUCUUAUUGGACAGACCAUGUAGGGACCAGACAUUUACCUGACUUUAACACUGCUCUUAUUGGACAGACCAUGCUAGGGACCAGACAUUUACCUGACUUUAACACUGCUCUUAUUGGACAGACCAUGCUAGGGACCAGACGUUUACCUGACUUUAACCCAGCUCGUAUUGGACAGACCAUGCUAGGGACCAGACAUUUACCUGACUUUAACCCAGCUCUUAUUGGACAGACCAUGCUAGGGGCCAGACAUUUACCUGACUUUAACCCAGCUCUUAUUGGACAGACCAUGCUAGGGGCCAGACAUUUACCUGACUUUAACCCAGCUCUUAUUGGACAGACCAUGCUAGGGACCAGAGAAAAACUCUGGGCUUCCUGGUCAGGUCAAGUUGUAUGUUAUGCGGAUAAAGUUCCUUGGGAAACAUUACUGACACAUUGAUUUAAUUCAUCCAUGUUGAUCACUUCAUUGUUGAUCUGAAAAAUAUGCCUCUUAGUGCUUGAUAUGAGGGAGAGUUUCUGGGUGUCGGCCUAGCUAUCUCCACCCCUAAGACUGGCUCAUCCUAUCAGUGAGCUCCGUGCCUUGGGUUUCUGUGGUGAUGGAAUUGAAUUAAUGAGAGUAAUUGAUUGGAUAUCCAGGGAUGUGUGUGGACACACUUGUCUUCAGGGCUGAAGCUUGUUGGCUCUUGUCUGCAGAGUGUGAUGCCCUGUCUAGAUGAAUUAAACACAAACCUCAAAUACUAGCAGUUACAGUACCUAGAAAUGCUGCGAGGAGCUGACACUGAUACACUGUAGUUUUAUGCAAGUAUUGAUCAUUUACCUAGUUAGCUGUCAGAAUAAUCUAAUUUAUUAAGAUAAUUAACGCUUGGUUAACAUUGGGAGCCAAACAACAAUAUUUACUGGUUUGGGCUUAUUCAAGGUCUGUUACUUGCUUGUUAAUAUUGUCAUUAUCUUCUUGUCUGGUGAUUAGCCAAACAUUAGUACACACAACCCCAAGCUUAAGUGACAUUUUGAAGUGAAGUGUUGUUAAUUUUCCUAAGGCCUUCAUUGCUUUUUUGCUUAUAAGCACAAUCGAUAGAGACAUGCCUCAUCAGGGUGAUUUCUGGGAAAGUAUAUGCUGAGUUGGAAUACGAUUUCAGCUCCGAUGGCAGAUAGGAAUAUGGAGCUCUGGGAAUUAAAUUCUAAACUAAUUAGUAAACUGUUCGCCUAUAUGGUUUAUGGGUAAUGAACUGGCUUUUUGUCUCCCUGCUUUGCCUUUAAGAGGAGCCCUAUGGGUCUGCAGUGGAGAUUUCCAUGAACAUCCAGAGAAUUUAACCACAAAGGACCAAGGGAUUCUGAGAAUUCUCAGAAUACUGUUGGGUGAAUGAGCUUUCUAUAUAUUCAGUGUCUGAAUGUGGAGGGGGGGAUACAACUGUGAAAUAAGUCUAAUCAAUCCCUCCCUCCCUCUCUGCCUCCCCCUCGACCUCCCUCCCAGACUGAUCCAGGAGGAGAAGGAGUCGACAGAGCUGCGGGCGGAGGAGAUAGAGAACCGUGUGGCCAGCGUCAGCCUGGAGGGCCUCAACCUGGCUCGCAUGCACCACCCUGGAGCCUCCAUCACUGCCUCGGCCACCGCCUCCUCCCUGGCCUCCUCCUCCCCGCCCAGCGGACACUCCACCCCCAAGUUGGACCACCGCAGCACCGCAGACAUGGAGCGUAUGGGCAUCAUGACACUGGUACGCUUCUGGGGGCAGGACGGGGUGUGGUGGUGGUGGGGGGGGGGGGGGGGUCUGUGUGUGCGUACGUACGUGCGUGUGUGUAUGUACGAGUGUAUCCCAGUCUUGACGAAGGCUACCCCAGCCGUAUCGUGCUCUGUCUGUAUUGUAGUGCAGGACAGGGCCAAUAGAAGCGCCUGGGUUCAGUAUUCACAGUAAGCUGGGUUUGGCCUCUCUUUCUUUGUUCUCAGUAUAUCUUUAUUCUCAGCCUUGCUCUUUCAAUAGACCUCAUACGGCUACUUCACCUGAGCUGCACUUGAUUAUGCUAUAACGGAGAGUCAACUCAAUUUGAUGGCAAACUAGUAACCUCAAAAGACCCUGGACCAGAUUUCAAAGCAGCUCUGAGACAGAGAGCCAGACUUUGAUUUUUUCAUAAGCCAGCCACUUGUAAAAGCAUGUAUUGGCUUUCUUUCAACUUGAUUUAGAUGGUGUUCUUUCAUUCUUAGUGCGUUGAUGGAUUGAGUUGCAUAAUCUAUCUGGCUGGGGUUCAUUACUCCUUCAUCCUAGAGCUUGGCUUGGUUUGUGUGUGUUGUAGAUGCCAGGAUGUGAUAGUCUGUGCUAUGUUUGUUUACUAUGUUUAAAGGACUUCAGAAGAUGUUUUUAUAUUUUGCCACUUACUAUUGUCCCAUUGAGCAAUAAAGGUACUGUCUACGUUAGGUCAAUAAAAGUACUGUCUACAUUAGGUCAAUAAAAGUACUGUCUACUUAGGUCAAUAAAAGUACUGUCUACGUUAGGUCAAUAAAAGUACUGUCUACGUUAGGUCAAUAAAAGUACUGUCUACGUUAGGUCAAUAAAAGUACUGUCUACGUUAGGUCAAUAAAAGUACUGUCUACGUUAGGUCAAUAAAAGUACUUUACUUAGGUCAUAAAGUACUGUCACAUUAGGUCAAUAAAAGUACUGUCUACGUUAGGUCAAUAAAAGUACUUUACUACAUUAGGUCAAUAAAAGUACUUCUACUUAGGUCAAUAAAGUACUUCUACUUAGGUCAAUAAAAGUACUUUCUACAGUUAGGUCAACAAAAGUACUGUCUACGUAGGUAUAAAAGUUACUUUCUACAUUAGGUCAAUAAAAGUACUUUCUACUUAGGUCAAUAAAAGUACUUUCUACAUUAGGUCAAUAAAAGUACUUUCUACAUUAGGUCAAUAAAAGUACUUUCUACAUUAGGUCAAUAAAAGUACUUUCUACAUUAGGUCAAUAAAAGUACUUUCUACAUUAGGUCAAUAAAAGUACUUUCUACAUUAGGUCAAUAAAAGUACUUUCUACAUUAGGUCAGACUGUUGCAACACUUCCCUGUCAUGUGCCUUGGUACAUUGGUUGUUUUUACUGGUGUGUAGCUCUAGCUGCUCCAUCUUCUGAUGUAGACAAUACUACCGAGGAAAAUAGGUCUGCCCUGAUGAAUCCCCAGAUGACAUUAUUGAAUGCCAGGCUAGAAAUAGACACAUAAAGAUGAACUGAUCAGUUGACUGUGUGUACCGCCGAUCUUUGUCUGUCUGUCUGUCUCUGUCUGUCUGUCUGUCUGUCUGUCUGUCGUCUGUCUUAGUCUGUUGUCGUCUUAGUCCUGUCUGUCUGUCUGCUGUCCUGUCUGUCUGUCGUUGUCUGUCUGUCUGUCUGUGUCUGUCUGUUGUCGUUGUCUGUGUAGUCACAGUCAGUCAGCAGCACACAAUCACGCUGACCCAGGGCUGUAGUGCUCCAGAUGUCCUCAUCACAGGGAGUCUUUCUCUUUUUUCCAAUCCUCCACUGGGCUAAAAAUAUUCAAAUCCCCACAAUCCAUCCAUCCAGCCAUCCAGCCAGCCAGCCAGCCCAGCCAGCCAGCCAGCAGCCACCCAGACAGUCUCAGAGCUUGAAUGUUGCCAAUACCCAGGGGCUUUUAAAGAAUGAACCUUUAAUUUUAUUGACCUCUCAAAUGAAUAGUGGCAAUGCAGGUGAUUUUGUUAACAAAUCACUGUAAUUGAUUGUGUGGUGCAAUGUGUAAUGGACGGGGCAUGUGCCCACCUGAUGGUAUAUUGGCUAUAUGUCUAUAACUUAUAAAUGAGGUGUUUCUAUAUGGGCGGGGGACAUUUAUUUAAUCUUACUGAUUUAUUGUAAAUGGAUGUUUUCCAUUUUCUUUCCUGUCCUCCACCCUGCAGCCCAGUGAUCUGAGGAAACACAGGAGAAAGGUACAGUAGCAAUGAUAUGUUCAUUUUAUUACAUUAGACAUUUCAAAUUCAUAGUACCUCUGUCUUCCUGUAAUGAUUGUCAUGGUCUGGUGUAUCCUUGCCAUUAUUGGAAUCUGAAGGCCUAUAAGCAAUGUUCCUAUAAGCAACAGUGUUGUAGAGAUUGAUGUGUGAGGUGAUACUAUACUAGUUUAAUAAGAGCUACUAACAGGUCUCUUCACCUCUCCACGGUCAGAUUGCGGCCACCGACGAUGACGGCCAGGACAAGGCUACCAUCAAGUGUGAGACGUCCCCUCCCCCCACGCCCCGGACCGUACGCAUGACCCGCACACUGCCAGCCUCCUCACACAACGAGCCCGGGGGUAUGUUGCACUUAUAGCGCACGCACGCAACCAUACACACAUACACACACACACAACAACUCCACCUUCUUCAUCCUGACGGUAAUUUAUAAGACAAAUUGUCUCUUACCCAAGUUGUAUCUUUAUCCUGACGUGCGUUGCUGCUUUGUGUGUGUGUGGUGUGUGUGGUGUGUGGUGCGUCGUGCGUCGUGCGUGCGCGUGUGUGUUUGCAGCAUUGCUGCCAGCCUGGAGGCUGAGGCCAGUGCUCUGAGCAGCAUAACCAGCAGUCAGGACUCCAUCAACAAGCAGCCCAAGAAGAAGGGCAUCAAGUCCUCCAUCGGACGCCUGUUUGGCAAGAAGGAGAAGACCAGACUGGCACAGCUGCAUGCCCACAGGGAGGCCAUCGGGCAGAGCCAAGGUACUGGUCUACACUCAGCACCUCUCUGAUAUGAAUGGCUCCAAUCUGUUCUACAUACUUUGGUUAAUGAGUAGUCAUACAUUUACAUUUGAGUAAUUUAGCAGACGCUCUUAUUCAGAACGACUUACAGGAGCAAAUAGGGUUAAGUGCCUUGCAAAGGGGUUAAUACUUUCUCAAAUCAAAUUGUAUUAAUCACAUGCGCCGAAUACAACAGGUGUAGACUUUACCGUGAAAUGCUUGCUUACGAAUAUUUCCCAACGAUGCAGAGUUUAAAAAAAUUAUGAUACAAAAUAAAAUAGAGGAGUAAAAUAAAAUACACAAUAAUGGAGCUAUAUACAGGGAGUACCAGUACCAGAUCAAUAAUGGAGCUAUAUACAGGGAGUACCAGUACCAGAUCAAUAAUGGCACUAUAUACAGGGAGUACCAGUACCAGAUCAAUAAUGGAGCUAUAUACAGGGAGUACCAGUACCAGAUCAAUAAUGGCACUAUAUACAGGGAGUACCAGUACCAGAUCAAUAAUGGCGCUAUAUACAGGGAGUACCAGUACCAGAUCAAUAAUGGAGCUAUAUACAGGGAGUACCAGUACCAGAUCAAUGUGCAGAGGUACGAGGUAUUUGAGGUAGAUAUGAAGGCAGGGUAGUGACUAGGAAUCAGGAUAGAUAACAAUAAGAGUAAAAUAAAGAACAGAGCAGCAGCAGCAAAGGAUGAGUGUGUGUGUGCGUGUGUGUAUGCAUGUUUGUUUGUUUGUAUUGUGUCGGUAUGCGUGUGUGUGUUACGUGUGUGUGUGCGUCUGGAUUUGUGUAUGAGUGACAGUGUAGUGUGUCUGAGUGAGUGUGUAUAUGGUGUGUAAAUAUCGUCUAGUGAGUGUGCAUAGGAUCAGUGCAAGAUAGAGUCAGUGCAGAUAGUUUUGGUACCAUUCAUUGACUAUUUAGCAGUCUGGCUAUUUAGCAGCCUUAUGGUUUAGGGAUAGAAGCUGUCUCGGAGCCUGUUGGUCCGAGACCCGGUGCUCCUGUACCGUUUGCCAAACGGUAGCAGAGUGAACAGUCUAUGGCUUGUGUGACUGGAGUUAUUUUUCGGGCCUUCUGACACCGCCUGAUAUAGAGGUCCUGGAUGGCAGGGAGCUCGGCCCCAGUGAUGUAAAGUGCUGGCCGCACCACCCUUUGUAUCGCUUUGCAGUCAAGGGCGGUGCAAUUGCCAUACCAAGCGGUGAUGCAGCCAGUCAAGAUGCUCUCGAUGGUGCAGCUGUAGGACUUUUUGAGGAUCUGAGGGCCCGAAUGUGCCUGUAUUAUGUUAGAUGAUACUUGUCACAGGGGUUAUUACUUGCCAUCUCACCACCCAAACAUCACCUCUAAUGACGCUGCCAUCUGUGUGAAGUAGAUAUGUGUUAUAUGACUAUGAACAAGCGUAAACUCUCCGUUGAGUACAGAUUCAGAGGAAGUAAGGGUGGCUCCUUGCUAGUACUGUCUGGAUACUAUCUACAGUGGAUGAUUUCUGUGAGCCAUGCAGGCAGUGCAGUAACGUCCCAUUCUCCCUCUCCCACAGGAGUGUCUGAUCCAGACCUGGGUCAGGACAUGGCUGUGGGGAAGCUGGGGACUCAGGCUGAGAAAGACCGCCGGCUGAAAAAGAAGUAAGCUUUCACAACACCCCCCUCCGGCCCCUCAAACCUGCCACCACAGCAUUUCACACAAAAAAAAAAACAACAUUGCGCUCAAUAAUACUCUAUUGGCUCACAUCACAGCCAGUGGGAGAGAAAUCAUACCUGUGUCACUAGAAACACUGUGGGCAAUGAACCACACCAGCACUAACACCCACCUGUGAUAAUCUACUGUACAUUACACCAUUGUAUUAGUGUUAUGAUACACACGCCUUUUUAUGUGCCAGACAGCACCUGCAGAACCUGCAGUGCCUGUCUAUAGUCAAGCUGAAUAAAGAUCAUUAUCCUCUUUCCAACCUUUGACCCCUUACACAGUGGCUGGUGAGGAAUCCCUGUGGGGUUUCAUUAGUCCUUUCCCUGUAUAGGAGGCAGUUGCCCAUGUGGCUGGAUAGAAGAUACAUCUCCAAUACUCCCACUCUCCAGCAGAGAGGAUCAAUACAGACCAGGAACCUGAAUAGACAUACAAUAGAGGGAUCCCCCCAACCAAACACACACAGUCAGACUAUUGAUUGGGUUAGAAGUCUAUUCAUGUCACACAUGUAGGCCUACGAUUCUUAGUUUAUGGUUUUGGUUUGGUUUUCCAGAUAUAGUCCUCCUUUAAACCCACACAUGAAUUACAAAAUCAGGGGGGUUUCCCUCAUGUACAAGUUUAAUCUCCCUUCAACUGGGGAUGUAUGUGUCUACCUUGUCAGUGCCACAUGACAAAUGCGUUCUCUAUAGGCGAGCAUUGAGUUGUCAUGACAAAUAACUUUCCCACCCUUACAGAUGAUCAAUAGAAGGUAUUAUGAUGAUGGCAAAUGUGUGUUUUUAUUUGAGCUCGAUUCUCCAGUUUUCCAGGAAUUGGACCGCCUUGCAUCUUGAUGCUCUCCUCCAGUGCAUGCUAUUGAACUGCCUGCUGAAUUUACAUUUUCAGCCUGGUCAAUAUCGUGAUCGUGCAUUGGUUCAUUGCUGAUGUGUGUUGUGGUAAUGUUUGGCAUUUGGCUGGUUUGUUCCUGUGAAGAAUGUGAACCAAUGCAUUGCAGGUGUCUUGCCCCAAGUGCAUUAUCUUUCGUCUGCCUGCACGCGAUGCUGUAAAAAGCUGCAUCGACCAAAAGAAGAAGAAAGUGGCCUUUCUUUUGCUAACCAAUACUACUCUUUGACUUGUCAUUCUACUGUUCUAAUGUCAGUCUUUGGAAAAAGCUCUUGUCACAUGUCUACUUGAGAGACUGUUUCUAUUCUGCAGUGUGUGUGUGUGGGUGCCUGCGUCCAUGUGUGUGUGUUUGUAUAUGUGUCCGUGCAUGUAUGGGCAGUGUGUGUGUUUGUGCAUUCGUGUGUGUUUGGGGGCAGGGGUGGUAAGGGGGUGCUGUUAACUCAUUAACGUCUGUGCACUUUUUGUCUCCCGUCACUUUCUCUUCCUCUCUCUCUCCUCGCACUCUUCCUCCCUCCCUCUCAUCAUAUGACUAAAGAAGCGGGUAAGUUGUGACAGUGUGACACCUGGACAUCUCCAUUGUCAGCGCUGUGCCGUCUGUCCACCUCUCUGUCCAUCCAUCUGUCCCCCUCCCAACGGCCGGUGCCAAAGCUGACGUCACUCUGUCCUCUAUGGCAGUUAAGGACCCCUUGCUUUCUAUCUUUCUUCCUUCCUUUCGCUCUUUUGAUCUUUUCAUUUACCGUAUAAAAUGUUUCUCCCCCACAGUGCAGUGGCGGCUGCAUCCAUGGCUGGACAAAGAAUGUGUGCCGUCACCCGUUAAUGGGGUUGAUUUUUAUACCUGGAAUGUCCAAUACCUUCCUCCCUCCUUGUGUUUCUAUAUCUGUGACUGUGAGAUAUAACCGGUUCUGAUACCGGGUUAUGGGGCGUCAAAUCUUGUUGUUGUUUUAUUUUCUUUGUCAUAACUGUUUCCUUCCUUUCCUAGCUAAGUUCAGUGGAUGUACAUCUCAUGCAUAAGAACCUGACAUGAACAUAUCUAUCUAUAUACCUGUUGUAUUGAUACGACACUGAAUGAAAAAAUUGAAUAUUGAUUGAUAUCAAUGGACACAUCUCCUACGUUGUGUGUCAGUCCAUUCAGUCUUUGUAUGCUGUAUUCAAGUGCCCUUUCUCUGCACUGAGGCCUUCAACUCUGAACGAGUCACAUACAUAAUGUGUUACAUACCUUUUCUCCAUAGGCCUCAUGUUGACCACUAUGUCUCGAGUUGGAAGACAUUUUAGCUGCACUACAAGAACUUGUUUCUGCCUUAGAACUCUCAUGAAGUAUUCUGUUCACUGAAUAGAAUUGUAACUUCAGAAGUCAGUUUUUAUGUCCAUUUUUAUGUGUAUAGCAUGUUGUGUGAGUUAUGUAUUAAUCAGCUCAACAGGCCCUCUCUAUAUUCAGACUCUUAGCUCUGUUGACAAACCAAACUCAGCGUAUACACUAUGAACUGUCUUUAGGAAGUAACGUUCCACAGUUAGGUAUCUCUCUAGCGUAGCCUCUCUGGUUAUUUUCUACACCAUAGGCCUCCCAUCCAUCUGCUCCCCAACUCCAUUAAUUAGCACAUUAGUGUGCACAUGGCAAUAAAGAUGAGACACACACACACACCCGAACACAUAUUUAUAUAGACUGUUCAUCAGUUCUCUGUCUCUCACUCUGCCUAACAGAGUUGGCGUCGCAGGAAUCAGCAUAUUACAAAUUGCCUGGGUAAAGAGAACAUCUAUCUGCUCUCCUCUGCUCUCCCUAGAUAAGGUGCAAUUUACUCUGAGCUGAGUAGGGCGGUGGGAGUGCUUAGCACAGCUUUCAAAGUGGUGCUCAGCACAAAUAACACAUUUCUCUAUUUCACUCCGGCCAUCUUAGUUCACCUAUUGAACACUUCCACCGCCACACAAAAAUGCAGUAUUCACUUUUUUUUGGCCCAAAGAAUGUGAAUAAAGACGCCAAACACGAUUUAAAGAUGGCCAGAAAGAAUACAUUCAGCAAGACUCUCAAAAGGGUAUCACAGUCAGCCGAAAAAGCCCAGUCUCUCUGUAGUUAGUAUCUCAGCAGUAGUAAUACAUUCCCAGCUGCAGCACAGAGACAAGUGGAGAUUGAUGGUUCUUCAGAUUAGCAACUCAAAGUCAGGCUUCAGUGAGCAGCCCAGCAGCCCUAGCUGUCCCUUGAAGGUGUGUCUCUGGACCAGAUGGUGAGACAGAGAGAGGGGCAGAGAGAAAGAGAGAGAGGGAGAGCGGCAGAGAGAAAAAGAGGCAGAGAGAGAAGGGCAGACAGAGAGAUAGGGAGAGGUAGAGAGACAGACAGAGAGGGAGAGAGAGGCACAGAGCGAGAGAGAGAGGGGCAGAGAGAGAGAGUACUCAUUUUACAGGCAGUGAGUGUGGAGAGAUUGGGCUGUGUCCUUUUAGAAAUCUCUGGUCUGUGAGAGAUAAAGUGUGUGGCACUGUACAGUGAACACACACACACACACACACACACACACACAAAAUCUCUGUGUAAUACUAGUGCCUUGUGUGUGUGUGUGGGGGGGGGGGUCUCAGUGUAUGUGUGUGUGCAGUGCAUUAAUCCCAUGUCUCUGCUCCCGCCCUCAGGCACGAGCUAUUGGAAGAGGCGAGGAGGAAAGGCUUACCUUUCGCCCAAUGGGACGGCCCCACAGUGGUGGCCUGGCUGGAGGUAGGCACUCCUCUACUCUGGCCUGGAGCCAUUCUCAAUCCUCCUGCCUCUGGGAUAGAUUUACAAGGUCUGUGCCAGACCCCCACUCUGUGAAGAAGAUAAUAUUCUCCGCCCCAGUGAGGUGGUCUAUUCCUCCAUGACUUCCCAGUCUGCACACUCAGCAUUCACCUGAGAUACGACACCCAUUAUUCUCUAACCUUUGAACCGUUGAUGAUGUUUCACACUUCAAAUCAAUUACCCGAUGCCUUUCCACAGCCUAAUGGUUCUCCCUUUCCAAUACGGCACUUCGAAAUGCAAACCAGAUACUUUCCUUUAAUCAAAACAUGACUGGUAAUGGAUAUGGAAUGACACAGUGCUGUUAUGUAAUCGUUGGAUGUAUUGUGUUGUAAUUACGACGCAGGGAACUCUAAUGCCGCAGUCAGCAUGUUACCGAGAGUUAUUAAUAAGUGAUUACGCCUCCGGCUGACAUUACUCUUUGUGCUUUAUUAUAUUAAGUCUAUUAUCUAAUCUAGUGUUUCCCAGCUCCAGUCCUCCCGUACCCCCAACAGUACUCCAUUUUAUUGUAGCCCUGGACAAGCACACCUGAUUCAACCUGUCAACUAAUCAUCAAGCCCUAAAUGAGUUGAAUGAGGUGUGUUUGUCCCGGGCUACAAAAAAAAUGUGUACUGUUGGGGGUACUUGAGGAAUGGAGUUGGGAAACACUCUGGCAAUGGGCCUAUGGGACCAGCAGUGGAUUGAAUCUGGAUCUCACUGAUAUUAUGGGAAACAAUGUCCCAUAUUUUGAUGUCACCUUGGUGGAAGCCUCAGAGGGCUGUUGGUAAAGGUCUACUCUGUGAUUUACUAUGACAUGUUCUCCCCAGCACAUCUUUUCCCUGUUAAAUCAAUUACAAAUGGGUUUGAUUAUAAUUGAUUGAAAUUACACCUCAUAAAGGCCAUAGAGUGAUGUUGUUUAAUAUCAACAUGGGGUGUUCAUUAAGUAAAUGAAUGCGUUGCGUAUCAAUGAAUUAUCACAGUUCAUUUUCUGUCUUAAUUGAAAUAUCCUAUGUCGGUAUUCAGUUUUUCUCAUUUCGUCACGAUAGAACAUGCUUGGCAUAUAAGGUCAACAUUUCAACCAUGACUGCCCCCUAGUGUUUAUCAGUAGAUAUUUAUUAAAACAAUGAGUAAAGAAACAUUGUUUCUCCCUCUCCCACCACAUCACCUAUAAUUUGUCAAACAAGCUCACUCGCUACUUUACAUUAAAUCAUGGAUGGUCUUCCUCCUCCUGUUUCAGUUGUGGCUGGGGAUGCCCGCCUGGUACGUGGCGGCAUGUCGUGCCAACGUGAAGAGCGGUGCCAUCAUGUCUGCCCUGUCAGACACAGAGAUCCAGAGGGAGAUUGGCAUCAGUAACCCCCUGCACCGCCUCAAACUACGCCUGGCCAUCCAGGAGAUGGUCUCCCUCACCAGUCCAUCUGCCCCGCCAACCUCCAGAACCGUGAGUGUCCAUUGACACACACACACACACACACACACACACACACACACGCACCCACCCAUGUAUGUAACUGCCAUCAGUGUGCUAGCUUAGCAUAUAGCGCUGCCUCCCAGAACCUGCCUCUGACUGGGCUUUAACCAGGCUCCUCUACCUCACCAACACACGUGACCGCCCGCUUGACAACAAACACAUUGAGCUAUAGAAAAAGGAUCCUAUUCGAUAGCUCCAUCGGCGACAUUUCGAGUGCGCUUACGACACGUUCUUAACUCCGAUACACACGCAUGCACGCACACGCAUACAUACACACAGACUGUAUAGUCUUCAAGGGUAAAGACACUCAAGAAACUCAAAGCUAUUUCUGCUACUUUGCAUUGUAAUGCCUGCACAGUCAGAGAACCUUACUUGUGUACCAUCUCUAUAAUUUGUGUUGGUAACUGAAUGUUGGAGAGAGUGGGAGGAGGCGGUUAAGGCUGGCUUGUUUAUCACUCAGUAGUGUCAGUCAGCUCAUCCACUUAAUUGAGCACUGCAGCAGUUGCUCUGAUUUACCACACCAGCAGCUAUUUUAUACCUGUCUGUUUCACAGCUCUGAGUUGUCAUGGUGAUUUCAUGUAACCUCUGAGGAACCUGCUGAGCUUCAUGCUACAAACUGUUCAUUCUAUGUAGCUUUAUCACACCCUCAGGCCCACACUAAGGCGCGCACACACACACACACACACACACACAACACUUAAACUGCUCAUGAAUCUUUCAUCAAGGAGCAGUGAACUCUGGGAAUGUGACUCUAUAGACCCCCCUCUGCCCUAGUGCCCCCUGCUGUGACGGGUGGUCAGUUCCCUGCCCCACUGAACCAAACGGACACUUUAAGUUUACAGUCAGGGUUAAUCAACCCUGUAAAUGCAGGGGAAGUGUCUAACAAGCAGAACACUUGAUGGGGGAAAGGGGGGAUAUGGAGCAGACUUCUUUAUUCGACCAAUCACAGGACUUGUUAUUCUGCUGCCUUAAAGCUCACAGACAGUGACGUCUGAUUCACCCUAAAGGGUCGACCCAAACCAUACUGUGCUGCCCAGUACAACUGGGCUUGGCUCGGCUCUAUAGUGUGAAACAGGCAUGCAUGACAGCCCUUUAGUACGGUGUCUUUAAUAGAGAUUGUCAUCCCCUCAAGGGUUCUUAUCUAGGUCAUGACAGCUUGAUCCAGUGGGGCAGCAAAGCACAGCAAUCAUGGCUGCUAAAAUUGAAUCAACAACAGUUUAGAAUGGGUUAGAAAGGGGUUUAACGGUGUGGUACACUGAGGUAUAUCAGACUAGACUGAGUGGGUUAGAAAGGGGUUUAACGGUGUGGUACACUGAGGUAUAUCAGACUAGACUGAGGUGGAUAUGCAUGUUUGUAUUUGUGUCUGUUGCUCCCAACACCUGUACUAAUCACUACUGCAUAAGUUAGGGUGUACACGAGUAUUCAGGCUGAUGCUAAAUGUGGUUCCUUGGCACCGUGUAUGUUGCACCUGUGUAGGUGGCUGCCAGUGGGUUGGGUUAUGUGUGUGUACAUGAUGAUAGUCAGGCUGUACCGUUGAAAGGUAGGUUAUAUGGGUGGUAUCAGUCUGAUUGGGUUAAGAACUAAAGGGGGUUAACUGUGGUACCGAGGUAUCAACUGACUGAGUGGUUGGAUAUGCAUGUUUGUAUUUGUGUUGUUUGCUCCCAACACCUGUACUAAUCCACUACUGCACUAGCUUAUGGUGAACCAGUCUUGUCAUGCAUGCUAAAUGUGUUCCUUUGGCACCGUGUAUGUUGCACCUGUGUAGGUGGGCUGCCCCAGUGCUCCUGUGUUGUUAUGUGUUUGUGAUACAGGAUCAGAUAGUAUUUCACCCCUUAAAUGGAUAAGGUUAUGAUGGGGGUAGAGUCAUCUGAUCCUAGAUCUGUGGUUAAGGACAACUUCUUCCUCAACAGUUUUGUGUCUGUGUUUGUUUGUGUACUGUGUUGCCCUUUGACCCCAGAGGGGCGGGCCUGCUCAUCAUCUGACCAUGAUGCUAUAACACUAUUGGCUUACAGUGGUGCUGCUCUUCUUCUUUAAUACUGCUUGCCCCUCCUGGCGGACUACUACUGCUGCUGCCUUCUCUUGGGCACCGCACUCCUAGCCGUCAGGCAAUGUAUGGGUGACCCACGAGGAAAUGGAGACCCUCGCAGCACCCUCCUCCAAAACGGUUAGUCCUUCCUUUCCUUUGACCUCUUCUCUGCUCUCACUCACUCCCUCUCUGCUUCCCUCUUUUCUUGCUUUCACUGCAGUUGAGACAUGUCAAUGGCUGCUUUACUGAGUUCUGGGCAGCAGGUAGCCUAGCAGUUAGAGAAUUGGGCCAGUAACCGAAAGGUCACUGGUUCGAAUACCCGAGCCGACAAGGUGUAAAAUCUGUCAUUGUGCCGUUGUGCAAGGCACUUCACCCUAAUUUGCUCCAGGGGAUUGUCAUCCCUGUACUACUAUGGCUGAGACUAUAUUUACCAGUGUGUGUUGGUGUUACUGCUAUGAUUCAGGGAGCUGCAUUGCCCUUGGGUACCAUACUGUAGUUACCCUAUAUUACCAGUGUUUAUGUUGUGUUUCAGAUACAGCAGUUAUCAAGACAUAAUGCUAUUUUUGCCCUUAGCAAUGUCAUCCUUUUAAACCUGACAGUGAUCAGCUGAUUGUACAUAGGAUUCACCGUACAAGACAGGUGUAAGAAGCUAAAUCAAAUCGGAUACAGGUCUGCUAAUUGAUACAGAAUGUUGCGAACAUGUCCAUUUAAAACCAAUUGCUUCUGUCUCAAGAUUAAAGCUUACAUGAAUAUUGGUCACUGCAGGUGUCAUUCAUGUCAAUCACUAGGACACAGACUGCUAUGUAAUGUACAUGUAAGAAUAGAUCUCUUUGAGCUUGAACAUAAAGGUUAUCCUUUGUUCCACUGUUCUUCCUGCUGCCUGCCUCUAAUACAGCCUGCAUGUCAGGCACAAUGAGGCUAAUAGCCAACUCAGUACCAUUGUACGGAGGGCGAACCACGGAAAAAAGGCUCUCAUUUGUGCCAGCCGUUUUGUGCAAAUGGGACUGGAUUGGCCUAAUGUGGCAGCAGCGCCUGUCUCCAAAUCAAAUAUAAUCUGGCAACAGCUCAGCUCAGGCCAGGACUGAAGGGAUAACUGUGUUACUAUCCCAUGGGGCCAGUUCAGUUCACACGCUAAAGGUGGGAAAUCAUUUUCCCUUCUCAGAUUGCAGCUAAAUUCCACAGGCCAUUUUCUCUACCUUGAAUAGGGAGUUUUCAUACAUAUUUAAAUGGAGCUCUCCUUUUAGUUUGGAAUAGUUUGUUAGGGGAAUGUAUGCGAGGGAGAACUUUGCUGUACAUUCUGAGGCCUUUGCUCUGGCUUGAGCAAGUCAACAGCCUCUGAUGCUAAAGUAGAGACUUUUGGACUGUAGAUGAAGUCCAAUGACCUGUUGCUAUUAUGUUCUCAUGCAUAUUGCUACUGUUUCUUUUCCAUGCCUGACCAAUGACAGAGGUCCGGGGAGUCCGAGGAGGGGAGCUGGGCGCAGGUAAAGAAUUUGCUGUCGCUCUCAUGGAUUAAAACAGUAGAAUUGUCGUUUAUUUAGAGUUACUCUAGUUCACACCAGAGUUGGUUUACAGUAAAACAGUGUCUAUAUGGCUACUUUUCAACUUGAUCAAAUGUAGUUUACAGAUUAACAGUGGGCUACAGUACGUAAUUGUUUCCUUGCCAUUGUUUCCUGUCAGACUCUAGCGUAUGGUGACAUGAACCAUGAGUGGAUAGGGAACGAGUGGUUGCCCAGUCUAGGACUACCUCAGUACCGCAGCUAUUUCAUGGAGUGCCUGGUGGAUGCCCGCAUGCUGGACCACCUUACCAAGAAGGACCUCCGGGUGCAUCUCAAAAUGGUGGACAGCUUUCACAGGUACACUAGUUUCACCUGCCCUCCUCCUGCAUGAUGUAGAAAAGUAGGAUUUGGUCAGAAAGUUUUGUGUUUAGUCUCAUUUUGUGGUAAUAAGUGCAGAAUAUUAUUGUGUUUGUCUUUCAAAAAAUGGCUUUUCUAAUGUUCGCAUGACUGUAGGACGAGUUUGCAGUAUGGCAUCAUGGGUCUGAAGAAGCUCAACUAUGACAGGAAAGAGCUGGAGAGACGCAGAGAGCACAGCCAGCAUGAAACAAGAGGUACUUAAAGGACAAUUCCUCCCAAAAACUAUAUUUUGGUAUUUGUUUCAUUAGUCCAUUGUUGACAUAGUCCCAAAAUGUUUUGCUUGUCAGCAAUCAAGUUUUCAAGAUAUUUAACUUUCAAAAUACAGAAAGCAUCAUAUGAUGCAAAAUGCAUCAGAUGGGGAUGAUUUCUGUAUUUUGAAAGUUAUAUACAGUACCUUGAAAACUUGAUUGGUGACAAACAAAACAUUUUGGGACUAUGUCAACAAUGGACUAAUGAAACAAAUACCAAAAAGAUAGUCUUUGGGUGGAAUUUUCCUUUUCCUUUAAAGACUGCUCAAGGAAUGAUGAUAAAGCCCUUUAAGCUAAAAUAUAUCUAGUAGUGUCUAAUUACAAUCUCCUUAGUAAUCUGCUAAGGCAAGUAAUAGUUUACAGUAUGUAUUGCAUUCUAUUGUGUCUACCUAUCAUAGAGCUAGGAGGUGAUGGUCAUUAAGGACCAAUCUAGCAGAGCCCUGAAGAUUUUCUUCAUCAUGUAAACAGACUUGGAAAAAUUAUGUUUCUGUGGCCAAACACCCAUGUUGUGUUGUACUGUAAUAAGGGCUUGUAAGUAAGCACUGUUGUAUUCGGCGCAUGUAACAAAUACAAUUUGAUUUGAUUUGAUUUAAUACCAUGUCUGUGUGCCCCAGAUGUGCUGGUGUGGAGCAACGAGCGGGUUAUCCGCUGGGUCCAGAGCAUCGGCCUGAAGGACUAUGCCAACAUCCUGCUGGAGAGCGGUGUGCACGGGGCCCUGGUCGCCCUCGACGACAACUUUGACUACACCAGCCUGGCGCUGCUCAUCCAGAUCCCCAACCAAAGCACUCAGGUCAGAUCCCUCUGCCCUGCAUCAUGCUAUAGCAUAGUUACGCCACAAGAGUGCGAUGCACAAUGUACUAGCACAACGAUACCACAAGAGGGAGACAUUAACGUCUUAAUUCCAAGAGUCUGUGUUUGUAGUCUUGUCUCUCUGAGCUAAAAGCAAGUUAAUUAUGAUGUUUCACCCCAGGACAGAAUAGAUUAUUUAGAUGAUCAUCAUUAGCAGUAAACUUCAAACACAUAUUUUCAUUUCUCAGUCUUUUCAUCUCAAACAGGUCUAAUAAUACCCUGAGUGCCAGACCAGUAGAACAGUGAGCUGUUUGGUAAUGCUGGCUUGGUAUCAAAAUGACUGAAAGCGUCUGUAGCCCAAAAUAAAGAGACCUUAAACGUCCAUUUCAAAUGUACCUAAUAAGAACUAUUUAUCCUUCCUAUCCUCAGGCACGUCAGAUUCUGGAGAGGGAAUAUAAUAACCUGCUAGCCCUGGGCACUGAGAGACGACUGGACGAGGUGAGUGACUCCUGUCACCCGGACAGCUAGCCCCUGCUGUUACCAUGGGUGAUGGGCCGUGACAGACACGCAGACAGACACACACACCUGGGUUUGUUGUCAAUCAUUACUCAGUUUUCCACCAUCUCACUGCACCUCAGACCUGUCCUCAGUUUUUACUUCCCACCCAAUCCACCCGUCUCUCAUAUUGUCUUAGAGUUUGUUUGAGUUUCUAAAUUGGGAAAUUAGUCAUAUUUGUUAGCUACUAUAAACACUACUGUAUAUGCAGACACAAGCUGUUCUCAGACCAGUUUAUUUGGUGAUAAGAUAAUGGCCGCCAUCUCUAAACUCAAUCUCUAACCUGUCUGUGUCUGUGUGUCUGUCCGUCAGUAUGAAGAUAAUGACCUCCGGGGGCCAUCGUGGAGGAGGCAAUUCCCCCCGCGGGACGUCCAAGGGAUCAGUAUGAUGCCCGGCUCGGCAGAGACCCUCCCCGCUGGCUUCCGCGUCACCACCGGCUCACACUCCCGUAGGCUACCCCCCGAAGGUAAACUCCCCCACAGACUCACACACUGGCCCCCUGCAUGGCCAAGACCCCCACAAAGUAGACCUAACAAUUAGACUAGAGCCUCCAGUUUCAGUGCACUUAGCAUGGAUGAAUGUGAAUUGCUAAUAAUGCUACAUUUGAUGGUAAAAUUGCACUCAUCAAACACUUGCUGGACUGCCACACAAUCAUUCAGUAGUAGCCCCAUUAGUCUUACACUUAGAAUAAUAUAAAAGAUGCUAAUGUAUUUGAUUAAGAUUGUACAUGGUUGCAUUUCUGUUUUAGAGUUUGGGGGGGGGUGGUCCUCUUGCCCCUCUCUUUACUUGGAGCUCUCUCUCCCCAUCACACUCUCUCUUCUAUCGGUGUAUGGAUGGAGCGUGUUGCUGACUAUAUCUCUAUUUUCUCUGCUCUGGGACUGCUGCUCUGUGUGCAGUGCUCUAUGAGGCGCUGGAUGACAGUCCUGACGACAUGUAUUUGGACUGGUUUCAAGGUCAGAUAUACUGGAGCUAUACCAUGUGGCCUGCUGUUGGCCUAUGUGCCUUUACAUCCCCCAACACUCCCUGGUUCCUGCUUCCCACCCUACCGUACCUCCUCUCUUCUCUCUCUACUGCUCUGUUCCUCUCUGUUUCUUUCUGUCCCCGAUGCCAACUACAAGGGUUGGCCAUUUGCUUGUCAAGGUUGUCAGUUUGUUAUAGUAGACAUUGUGAGUCGAGUAAUUGUCACUCAGGUUACUGUUAUUAGUACAGUAGUUGGUAGUUGCAGCCUCUGCUGCUGCACCCUUGAAGUUAAAGCAAUGAAUCCCCUAUACAUGUGUUAGUUGAGCUAUGUUAGUUGAGCUAUUUUAGUUGCCCUGUAAAAGGAGGUUUACAUAAAAGAAUCAUGAAGACUUAUGAUGUAUAAGAUGGAUGUUUUACAGUUGCCGGUUUGUGUUGCUCCUCGCCCUGUUGUUAAAAGAGGACGCUGGUCAAAAUCUUCAUGUUUUCAAGGGGAUGAACGCUGUAUUGAAACUUGCGUCUGUGGGCCCAGUGAGUUAUACCUGGACUGUAGUACAGUAGGCUUGUUAUGCCAGAACUUCUGAUACAAGUAAGUCUAUGGCUGACAUCCGAAUGCAGGUUUUGACCACAGUUCUUCUCUAACACAGUCCCCAGUGUAACUGGUCUGCCUUCCUGUCUCUGCCUCUAUCUGUGGUCCCUGGUCUGUGGUGGUGAUGAUGACAUUAACAGACUUGUUCCUGUACGAGGUGUGAUUCACUCAAAAUGGCCACGUGCACUCCUCCUCUGAGUGUGCGAUGCAAUGUGCCUUGGCUUUGCUAGCUGACAUUUUGACUAACCUCGUUCCCAUGUGUGGUGUGGUGCGUGUGUGUGCAGUGUGUUUUAUCCACAGUAUGGUGUACUGUACUCCUAGCCCUUAUCAACUGGUUUAGAGUCAGUUUUGUUUGUCUCUCUCAUUUGUUUGUCCCUCUCACAGUGGGCAAUGGGAGCUGAUCCUGUGUCAGUUGUUAUGGGCAUAAAGUAAGUUUGAUAGCAUUCUCUACUGACCCUGGGCCCACUCUGGGUGUUGAAGCUGAGUGACUAAGUGACGUGUCUCUGUCUCCCCCUACAGUUGGCCCCUCAGCAGUGCAGCGUCUGGACAGCUCUACAGUGAGGACCUACUCCUGCUGAGGGAGGAGAAGAGAGACUGUAAGCUGUAA